CAACUGUUCCUCCGCUCUGUCUGAUCUUGAUCGGAUCUGCGAGCUAUUCACUAUGCCUCCUGUUCGGGAUGCUAUGGCUAAUCGCGGGGAUGACGACGAGGUGUGCCCUGUCUGCAAAUCCUCACGGUACCUGAACCCGGACAUGCAGUUUCUCAUCAACCCAGAAUGUUAUCACAAAAUGUGUGAGUCGUGUGUGGAUCGGAUAUUCUCGUCAGGCCCGGCGAACUGCCCCGUCGCGGGUUGCCACAAGACGUUGCGAAAGGCUAGGUUCCGAAAGCAGACGUUCGAGGAUAUCAACGUGGAACGAGAGGUGGACAUACGGCGUAGGGUGAUGCAGAUUCUCAACCGCCGUGAAGAAGAAUUCGACUCCAAACGGGCCUGGGACGACUUCCUUGAACAACGCGAGGAGAUUAUCGCAAACCUCGUGCACGGUACGGAUGUGGCCAAGACGGAAAACGACUUGCAGAGGUAUGCUUCGGAGAAUGUGCGCUCUAUCCGCGCCAACCAAGCCCUCGAAGUGCAAGAAGCGUCGUCCUUCAAGGAGCAGCAGACACAUGAGCAGGAAUUGGCACGCCUUCGCCGAGAAGCAGCCAAACAAGAAUACGAGAACGAACGGAGAGAGCUGCAAGCCUCUCGGGAGGAUGUCCUAAGUCGACUCGCAGCGGGGCGACCCGGCGACGCUGCGGCUAUUGCCCGCGAAGGCAAGAAGGUGUUACUCAAGAAAUCAUCUGCUCGGCGCAGUGAAGAGGAUCGAAUCCGACAGAAACAGGCCGCUUUGCGCAACUCGGAUGCCAGGAAAGCUGGCCAGACAGGGAACACAGCUGAUAAGGCCGAUGCCGCCGGCGACUCGGGCUUGAUCAAGGGUCUCAAGAAGAUCGUGACACCGGAGCCCGAGAAGCCCUAUGACCCAUUUGGUGGCAUGGUUCCCAACAAGCGAGACUACUACACUCUGCGCGACUUCUACCCGUCAAGUUAUCUAGACCCGAUCCGACAGGAUACUCGUAUGCAGGCAGGCGGGUACGAUCUGCAGGAGUAUUACUCUCGCACACUGAUGGAAGCAUUUGCUGGGUUAGGUUGCUUCGUCGAUGAGGAGGUGACUAGACGCGACGAUGGAGACUCUCUAAGGUCAUCAAGGCCUGUCGCUACUCAAGGCUCUGCUUUGGCGGCAGUCUCCAGUGCAGGCACUCCAGAUGCCAGCUAGCUGAUGUUACUCACAGCCUGUCGAGGCUGUUGAGCAGCGCCACCUGCGGUUCCUCUUGCUGUUAUGUAUUUUCAGGUAGAGAAGCCCCUCUACCUGCGCUGGUGUAUAUAUUGCAUAGCGAUGGCGUUUUUGGCGGGACUUGGGUGCUUAUUGAAGUGUAUAAAUAACGGUCUUCACAUUGGAAUAUGAUUGAUCU